AUGGCUGGGAGGCCCACCACUUGUCCCGGAAUGGUGGGCAGGCCCAUCACAGUUCCCAGGACGGCGGUGAGGGCAGGCCUGCCACUGGUCCCAGGUCUAUGGGCAGUCCUGCCACAGGUCCCUAGACUGCAUGGAGGCCCGCCACGGCUGCCAGGACGACAGGGAGGCCUGCUACGGGUCCUGGGACGGCAGGCAGGCCCACCACAGGUCCUAGGACGCCUGGGAGGCACAUCACGGAUUCCAGGACUGUGGGGAGGCCUUCCCGGCUCCCGGGACGGCAGGGAGGCUCGCCAUAGGUCCCGGGACGGUGGACAGACCUGCCAUGAAUCCCGGGAUGGCAGGCAGGCCCGCCACGUAUCUUGGGACGGCGGGCUUGUCCACCACAGGUGCCAGGACAGCGGGCAGGCCCUCCCUGGGUCCCGGGACAGCGGGCAGUUCUAA